UCACGCAUACGCCAUGGAGCCGGUUAUGAGCUUGGCCUUGGCCGCUCACGGGCCGCCCAGCAUACUGGAGCCGUUGUUUAAAACCGUUACUACGAGCACAACCACAACAACAACAACAACAGCACCGAGCACAAGCAGCAGCAGCAGCAGCCCCACCAUCAGCCCCACAACCAGCAGCACACUGCUAACGGCCUUAUUGGAGAAUCUAACGUCGACGGCAGCCAGCAAUUUCUAUGAUCCGUAUGGGAAUCAAACGAACGGCACUUUGGGCUUUGAGACGAAGGGACCACGUUAUUCGUUGGCAUCAAUGGUGGUAAUGGGUUUCGUAGCGGCGAUUUUGAGCGCGGUAACAGUUGCUGGCAAUGUGAUGGUGAUGAUCUCAUUCAAGAUCGAUAAACAACUGCAAACGAUCAGCAAUUAUUUUCUCUUCUCGCUGGCGAUUGCGGAUUUUGCAAUUGGUGCGAUUUCGAUGCCACUGUUUGCGGUGACGACCAUUUUGGGCUAUUGGCCAUUGGGGCCACGUAUCUGUGACACUUGGCUGGCCCUCGACUAUUUGGCCUCGAAUGCAUCCGUUUUGAAUCUGUUGAUCAUUAGCUUUGAUCGAUAUUUCAGUGUGACGAGGCCGUUGACUUAUCGUGCCAAAAGAACGACAAAUAAGGCGGCGGUAAUGAUUGGCGCCGCCUGGGGAGUUAGUUUAUUGCUCUGGCCACCCUGGAUCUACAGUUGGCCCUAUAUCGAGGGUAAACGCACCGUGCCCAAGGACGAGUGCUACAUACAGUUUAUAGAGACAAAUCAGUAUAUUACAUUUGGCACAGCACUGGCCGCAUUCUAUUUUCCCGUGACGAUCAUGUGUUUUCUCUAUUUUCGCAUCUGGCGCGAAACGAAGAAGCGGCAAAAGGAUUUGCCCAAUUUGCAGGCGGGCAAAAAGGAUUCCAGCAAGCGUUCCAAUAGCAGCGAUGAAAACACUGUGGUGAAUCACACUGGUGGAGGCUUGCUGGGAUUUGCCCAGCUGGGUGGCAAUGAUCACGAUACCUGGCGUCGACCGCGCUCCGAGAGUUCGGCGGAUGCGGAAAGCGUUUACAUGACCAAUAUGGUCAUCGAUUCCGGAUAUCAUGGCAUGCACUCCCGCAAGUCAAGCAUAAAGAGCACAAAUACAAUCAAAAAGCCAUAUUCAUGCUUUGGCAACAUCAAGGAGUGGUGCAUCGCGUGGUGGCAUUCGGGUCGCGAGGAUUCCGAUGAUUUUGCGUAUGAGCAGGAGGAGCCAUCUGAUUUAGGGUAUGCAACACCAGUAACAAUUGAAACUCCUUUACAAAGCUCCGUCUCCAGAUGCACCUCGAUGAACGUGAUGCGGGACAACUACUCGUUGGGCGGCAGUGUCAGUGGUGUCCGGCCACCGAGCAUAAUGCUGGCGGAUGUUUCGCCGACACCGAUGCGUCCGCCCCAUAAUUCAAUUUCGCAGCUGCAAAUGCAGGAUAUGAAUGCGGUGAACAACAAUGGCAACGGCAACAUCAACAUCAGCAUCAACAGCGGCAGCAGCAAUGUCAGUGGCGGUGUCAUCGCCGGUGGUGGCGUUGGCAGUGCCAACAACGCUAACCUGAAUGGUGUUGCUAGCUGUAGUAUUUCAGCGGCCAACGCACGUUCGCUGCCCGUCAGCAACCGGAUUGGAUCGCGUUCCGUUAGCCAGGAUUCUGUCUAUACAAUACUCAUACGACUGCCGCCAGAUGGCGCCAGUGCGGCAAAUGGCGGCAACAAUGCACCAAGUGUGGGCAACGCUGCAACCCAAACGGAUAAUGCACCCUCCAUCAAAAUGAUACACGAGGAUGUUGUGGCCGGGGCCGCUGCCAUUGCCGGUUCAAGUGUUGCUGGUGUUGGCGUGGGCAUGGUCAAUAACCCGCCGCCGCCGACACGUCGACCGUUGCCGUCGCGUGACUCGGAAUUCAGUUUACCGCUGGGCCGGCGUAUGUCGCAUGCACCGCAGGAUAUGCGAUUGCUCAACGCGAAAGUAAUACCCAAGCAGCUGGGCAAGGCGGGUGUUGUGACGGGGCAGCACGCACUUCUCAAUGCACGCAAUGCGGCCAAGAAGAAGAAGAAAUCGCAGGAGAAACGACAGGAAUCGAAGGCGGCGAAAACAUUGUCAGCCAUCCUGCUGAGCUUCAUCAUCACCUGGACGCCGUAUAAUAUUCUGGUGCUGAUCAAGCCGCUGACCACCUGUUCGGAUUGCAUACCCACCGAACUGUGGGACUUCUUCUAUGCGUUGUGCUACAUCAACUCCACCAUAAAUCCCAUGUGCUAUGCUUUGUGCAAUGCAUCCUUUCGGCGCACCUACAUAAGGAUACUCACCUGCAAGUGGCAUACGCGUAAUCGCGAGGGCAUGGUCAGGGGCGUAUAUAACUAGAGAGCCCCUGCCCAUCACCCAAAAAAAAAAAACAA